AUGGUGGACGACAUCAAGCUGCUCAUGAUUGGUAUGAGCUCAGAGACAUAUCGAAUUGGAAACAAGGUUGCAAAAAUCUGUCACCACCCUCGAAUUGCACGGUGUCUAUCGUGGUGCCCGUCACAGGGUCGGGUCGAACUUGAGUUCUAUCCCAACGGCAACUUGAAGGACUACUUUGAAAAGAACUAUUCGAGCACGACAGAAGUCGAUAAGAAACGCUGGGCUAUUCAAAUGAUCGAAAGCGUCUUCUACAUCCACUCAAAAGGUGUUCGACACGCAGACCCCCGGUUGGACCAGUGGCUUCUAGAUCAAGGGAACGUCCGACUGUGUGACUUUAAUGGCUCAGGAUUCGAUGCUCAACCUGCUCUCGGUCUCACAGGGAGGGCAGCGCAGGGCCUCGAAUGUUCGAGCCACUGGCUACCACGUCCAGAUGAUGUCGACAGUUCAGUACAGACGGAUCUGUUCGCACUGGGCUCUUCACUUUAUGAGCUCAUGGCUGGUCAAAUGCCCUUUGCGGGUAUCGAUGAUCAUACAAUAGAAGCAAGAUACGCACAACGCAUCUUUCCAACUACCGGGGGGCUAUCGUUAGGGAUCGAAAUCACCAGGUGCUGGAAUCAAGGAUUUACGACCGCCGAGGAAUUCUUGAAUACUGCAAGGAGCAAGCUCUCAGAGGCUACUGAAACGUCUUUCUCUGUGUUUACCUGA